AUGCGUCAAAAAUUAUCAUCGUUAAAUUCUUUUCUUUGUAAAAAAUUUACUUGGGAAGAAUUAUCUAAACAUAAUAAAUCUGAUGAUGCAUAUGUUGCAAUUCGUGGUAAUGUUUAUGAUAUUACCAAUUUUAUAAAAUAUCAUCCUGGUGGUGAGGAUAUUUUAUUAUUUGCCGCUGGCAGAGAUGCAACCCAGGCUUUUGAAACUUAUCAUGAACUUGGUAAACCUGAUCUCAUACUAAAAAAACAUUUUGUUGGAAUAUUAACAAGUAAUGAAUUACCUAUAUUUCCUGAACCAAGUGAAUUCCAUAGAACAGUUAAAAAAAGAGUUGAGGAAUAUUUUAGAAAAAAUAAAAUCGAUCCAAAGAUUGGAUUAAAUCAAUUACAUGACGCAUCGCAUUUUUCAGUAACAAGUAGUCCAUUAAUUUGGAAAAUAUUGGGUUCUACUCAUGAUUUCCUUAAUGGAGCAUCUCAUCUUGUGUGGGAAUACCAACAUGGUCUUGGCGCUGAUCCCGACAUCGUAACUGCUGAUCCUGAUUUUCGUCGUAUUAAACCAAGUCAACGUUGGUACUCCAGAUAUAUAAAUCAACAUGUUUUUGUGCCGUUUUUAUAUGGUCUAUUAGCAUUUAAAGUUAGAAUUCAAGAUAUAAUUAUAGUUUAUAUUCUCAAAUCAAACGAUAACAUCAGAAUUAAUCCCUUGACCACUUCUCACACUUUAAUAUUUUGGGGCGGAAAGGCAUUUUUCAUAUUAUAUCGCAUAAUAAUACCAUUAUUAUUAUUACCUGUAUGGAAAGUUUUAAUUUUGUUUGUAACUGCUGAUAUGAUUACUUCUUAUUGGUUAUCAUUGACAUUUCAAGCAAAUCACGUUGUCGAAGAAGUUGAAUGGCCAUUACCGGAUAAAAAUAAAUUUAUAGAAAAGGAUUGGGCAGAAAUGCAAAUUGUAACAACGCAGGAUUAUGCUCAUGAUUCUUACUUUUGGACUACUAUAGUUGGCUCGUUAAAUUAUCAAGCUGUACAUCACAUCUUUCCUCAAGUUUCACAGCAUCAUUACCAUGAUAUUGCUCCUAUAGUCAAAGAAACUUGUAAAGAAUUUGGUAUUAAAUAUUUUUAUAGGGAUACAUUUUGGGAUGCUUUUGGUUCGCAUAUUGAGCAUCUUCGUUUAUUAAGUUUACCUCCAAAACAAGAAUGA